UAUCGUCAGCAAUGACAGCAACAUGGAGAAAAGGCUGUGGAGAACAACUUCAACAACAAUGUUGGCCUUGUUUCUUGUUUUGUCACAUUAUGUGAUGUUUGCUCUGCAGCUGGAUAUUAUUACAUCUCCAGAUAAUUUUUUUGUGACUGAGUCACUUUUUUUUCAAAUACUUGAACCAGAUGUCUUAAGCUACACCUAUAAAAUCAGACCAGCAAAGGAUUUUGGUUCAGAUUUCGACCGACAGUAUCAGAAAAUAGCCUUAACUUUAGCAGAACCCUUUGAAGGAUGCAGUCCAUUGACAAACUCUGUCGGAGGGUCAGUUGUAAUGGUUCUUCGAGGUGGAUGUUCUUUUCUGUCUAAAACAUUGAAUGCCGAGAAGGCCGGAGCUGUUGCUAUACUAAUCAGUGACAGUGAUGAGGAAAAUGAUGAAAAGUUUAUAGACAUGAUUGAUGAUAGCACUCAUCGUCACGUAACCAUUCCGUCCGCUUUUCUCAUGGGCAAAGAUGGAGCCAUGAUAAAGAGAGUGCUGAAUCAAAUGAGUAUUAACCAUGCAGUCAUAACUAUUCCAGUCAACGUUACAAGUGUUCCAAUUGGUAAAACUAAACGGCCCCCAUGGACUUUGUGGUGAAAAAUGUAACAAACUGAUGUGAACCACAGAUAUCCACAGUGGAUACAAUUCUACAGCAACAAACUAACCUCUUAUGAACUGCGAUGUGUGUAAUGCUCCAUUUACUGGUAGAAUGAUUACAAAUUGUGAUUUUUAGAUUUAUGCAAGCAAUACUGUGUGAAAUAGUCACAAUUAAUGUGCCUUUGCAUUCUGUAACACUACCGUACUUUCACGAAAUCCAGUAAUAGAUUCUGUUACCUCACAGGUCGACAAGGUUAGCUGUAAUUCAUUUACUGUUGCUUCGACGCAAAGGUCUUCAAAUGUUAAAUUUUCCCCUGAAGUUAUGAAAUAUUUUCACAUGUUCAUUCUGUUAGAUUAAUCAAUACAGUAUAUGGAAAUCUUUCAAUACCUUUCAUCUCAAUGAUCCACAUUUUUGUCUCAUUAACAAUUAUAAUUGUUUACAUAUUGAUUGGAAAGUACAUCAUUUGGCUUAUUCAUGCUCUGGGUGUGCAACACAUUUCGCCAAAUUAUUUACAAAAAUGCAAAACUCGGUUAUUUUCCAGCAAAUAUCAAUUAUGCAUGAAAUUUUUUUUCACCAAAUUAAAAUAAAAUUCGUCAAUUGUUUCUAAAAUUCACAAUUGGCGAAUUUGACGAGUGGCAGAGCUAGCCCUGUUUUGUAAUAUUCUAAUGAAGUUCAUACGUUUUUUUAAAUUUUUAUUAUUUAGCUGUCUGUUUUUAGAAGCUCUUGUCUCAGUGUUUAUUUUCUCAAUAAUUCCUUAUUCAGGUUAAAAACAAGCUUUGGUGUAUUUCAAUAUUCCAAUCAUUAAUGGUUUUAAAAGAUUAUUUAGUUGUCUUCUUUUUGUAAACCAGCUUGUCUCAGUGUUAAUUUUCUCACUAGUUCCAUACCAUAUCAUGAACUGUCCGAUGUCCUAUCUGUUCCAGAAAUUAUGACAUGGAUUUGAACGGGCGAGAGUGGCAUUUUUGGGAGAGUAUACCCCACUUGAAAAACUAAUAUUGUGUGCAUGGGUGCACAAAACAAAUAUUGUGCUGUACAAAAUUCACGAAACACUAUUAUUGUGACAAUCUUACUCCAUGAGUAAAAUGUUUUACAACUUUGUUUCAUGUAUUUAUCCAGCUCACAAGUACAUACAGGACUAGCUCUGGGUGAGCAAAAUAUUUCGCCAAAUUGUCCAUCAAACUUCAAAAAUUGCAGAAAUCAAGAGUUAUUUUCUAAAAAAAAUGUCAGUUAUUACAUAAAAUUAUUCUGCC